AAUAUCCUUUCAUUCGUUUUUGUCUCUCUCUUCCCUCUCUCUCCAACACCAUAAAAUAGCAGAGGAGAGAGAAGAAAGAAGAGAAAAGGGGCUCCUUGAUUUUCAUCCUCUCUAACUUUUCCCGAGAAAAAUUGCAGAAAGAGAAAGAGGAAAGGGAAAUUUAGAGAGAGAGAUGGAGAAGAGAGACGACAAUGGGGUGGACGUGAAGGUGGUUGGCCGGGUAGUGGGACCCAAUAAUAUUAAGUUCCCGUUGAGCUUCUGGGAGGUGGCUCUGGCUUCCACCGUCGUAUUGGGCUUCUUGUUUGGCCUUCUGGGUGUUUACCUGACCAUGCCCGCAUCGGAUUACAGCUUCCUCAAGCUUCCCCGUAGCCUCCAAGAGCUUCAAAUCCUCAGAGUUCACCUCGAGGACUACACAAGUGACUACACCGCGCAGGUUCUGUUAGGGUACUGCAUGGUUUAUAUUUUCAUGCAGACUUUCAUGAUCCCUGGUACCGUAUUUAUGUCCCUGCUUGCCGGUUCCCUUUUUGGAGUCUUCAAAGGUGUAGCCUUGGUGGUGUUUAACGCCACUGCUGGUGCAUCUUCUUGUUAUUUCUUGUCGAAGCUGAUCGGGAGGCCCAUUGUCAUCUCUCUUUGGCCUGACAAGCUGCAAUUUUUCCAAAACCAGGUAGCUAAAAGAAGGCAGGGACUAUUGAACUAUAUGUUGUUUCUACGAUUAACUCCGACCUUGCCAAAUACAUUUAUUAAUCUUGCUUCACCAAUAGUUGAUGUGCCUUACCAUAUUUUCUUACUGGCAACUUCAAUUGGUCUGAUACCAGCUGCUUACGUCACUGUCAGGGCUGGAUUAGCUCUUGGAGAGUUACGAUCCCUUGGGGAUCUCUAUGACUUCAACUCGAUAGCCACCUUGUUCUUCAUUGGAGUUGUCUCAAUUACUCCCACGCUAGUGAGCAAGAACAAAGCAUAGUAUUUCACUUACUGAACUUUGCUUGGUGUACAUGAGGACCUUGUUCUGCUUGCAGCCGUUUGGGUACCUAUGUCCGCCGUUGGAUAUAACUGCCUCGUUAUGUAGAAGGCGUGUCUGUGUCCUUGGAUGGAAUUUGUUGACUGUCAUGUUUCAUUCGGGCUGUGGGUUUGGGGUUAAAUGUGUAUGUAACUUCGAUUUCAGCGGUAAGAUUUUAUAGGGUAUGUGCAUCAUCAUCAAGAAAAAUGUAAAGGCAUUCUCUAGUCAAUUUCUGACUAGUCGCAGCUCUAGUGUUGAAUAAUGAAAGUACCAAGAUGAUAUUAGUAUUGUUUUUCAUACA